AUGAAAGCAUUCGCCAGCCUUAAAAACAAAGUGGACGCCAUCAGACAUCCUCCGGGUGAUGUCCGACAAAAUCAACAACCCAUGUCUUCAUCUUCAUCACCAUCAUCAAACAAGCGCGGUCUCUGCUGGCCUCUCGAAGGCAACAACAACAACGACCCAAUCUUCCCCUUCACCAAACCCCCUUCCAAAAUUUCCUGGAUCUACAACUGGUCGCCCAACCCCUCCCCAGACUCGGCCUCUCUAGAAUGGGUCCCCAUGUCAUGGAACACCGACAAAAUCGACGACCUCCUCUCCAAAGCUCAGGAGUGCGGUGCCAAACAUGUCCUAGGUUUCAAUGAACCCGAACUUCCCGAUCAAUCCAACAUUUCCGUCGAGGUUGCGGCGAAUGAAUGGUUGCGAGCCGUGGAACCGCUUCGGAAAGCUGGGGUUAGAUGUGGAAGUCCCGGGAUUUCCAACGCGGGCCACGCGGUGGGUUGGUUGCAGGAGUUUUUGAAGAGGAUCAGAGAGAAAGGAGGGGAUGUGGAUUUCUUGUGUUUGCAUUGGUAUGGGGUUGAUUUGGGAGGGUUCUAUGACUAUAUUUGGAGCACACAUCAUCAACUAGACGCCAAUAAACCUGUGUGGAUCACGGAGUUUGCAGCUACGAACUGGAAUAAAGAUGCUCCCCUGCCCAAGGAUCAUGUUGAGAACUUUGCAAAGGAGAGUUGUARGUAUCUUGAUACGCUCGAUUGGGUGGAGAGGUAUGCUUGGUUUGGUCCUAUGAGGGAUCCGGGAACGGUGGGGAAGUGGGCUGCGAUGAUUGGAGACGAUGGAAAGCUCACGGCUUUGGGGACGGCUUAUAGGGAUGCUUAA